UGCUCGAGAGCAGCGAUCUUUUUUAUUUUCUCUCGACUUUGGUCCAUGACCCAGUGAGUUUGAUCUGGCUGUGUAACUGUUGUCCUUUUUCAUAAGCAUUAGCAGUUAGUUCUACAGAUGAACCAACAGAGUUAGAGCAAGGGUGCGUGUGAGGCUGCCAUCGUGAAGCUCAGAGGAGCCUGAGGCACUGCAUUGCUGUGAAAAGCUUAGUGUAUUUUGCAGGGUUUGGUGUUCUAUGACUUCAAUUUGUGGCUUUUAAUAAUAGGGAAUUGAACACAUCACGUUUGGUAAACGGUGUGAACAGUCUACGUACAGAUCAGUCACAAGAUUCUUCUAGCAUGGCCUCAGCAGAGGGUGGAGUUGGUGGAAUCCUAACUGAAGUUAAGGGUGACCUGUUUAGCAGCCCAGCAACAGCUGCACUCGCACAUUGCAUCAGCGCCGACGUCAGAAUGGGUGCGGGAAUUGCCAAGAUCUUCAAGGCCAAGUUUGGAGGCGUGAGUGAGCUGCAGCGUCAGGGUGCUCGCCCCGGUGGUCUGGCCUCUUUGCAGCGCAGUGGACGAUUUGUCUAUUACCUGGUGACCAAGGAGAAGUACUACCAGAAGCCGACGUAUGAAACGCUGCGCCAAAGCUUGCAAAGCAUGCGAGCGCACUGUGAGGCAAACGGUGUCAAGCACGUGUGCAUGCCGAAGAUUGGCUGCGGCCUGGAUGGCCUGGAGUGGGCACGUGUUGCCAAAGUAAUACGUGAUGUGUUCAGUGGCUCCCCAAUCCAAUUAACAGUGUAUGUUUUAUAAGAUUUAAAACAGCGCAUUGCCAAUGACCAUCAUUAUGACCGUCAUUCUCAUAGACAGUGGCUGAUCUAAACACAUCGGACCACCCUCCCCCCCCCCCCCCCCCCCAGCCAGUUGAUUGAGUUAAAAAAAAGAGCCCGUUGAUCAGUGAGUUUUAAAAAAAGUAUUCCACCCGGCGGACUGUUUGAGCACCGCCUGUGUGGCCACACGACUGUCCACACGAAUAUUUUUCUCUUUUUAUUUUAUUUUUACUUCAAAUGGGCCUUUCUGCAUGGAUGUCCCUGAAGGUCCGAUUUUUAUCUAGGUACUGGUGUAAAACAGAGGACAUGUAUACGUGUCUCAAAUCCAGGCAUGCGUGUCUCUAUGAUUCCUGACAUAGUGAAUUUCUGUGCAUGCUAGUGUGUAUAACCUUACAACCUGCACUGACUAGCUAUUGUCUGUACAUGUA